AUGGAGAAAAAAAGAGGACAGGGGGAAGAUAAUGUGGUCGUCCUUGCGGAAAGAUUAAGAAAACAGGUAGUUUAUGGUUGUGGUGAAAGUAGUUGUAUUGGUAUCUUUUGUAAGAUUUCGGAUGUUGAGUCAUUUGCUGGGGAGAUAGUGCAUAUUUUGUUGGAAUAUGGUAGUUAUUUUACCUGUCGGUCUUUGUACUUGGUGCAUGGCCGGAAUAUGCACCAGCUGGCUAAUGAGGCUAGUCGGAGUUUGAACCAGCUAUCUAUUUAUCCCAAUCGGAGUGUGUGCCAUUUAGGGGGUGGGUUGGACUUGGGCCGGGGAGUGGCUGGGAAAGGGAGUAGUGAGGAGAGUGGAGUGGGGAAGAGUAUGCAUUUUGAUUAUGCCUGGAAGGUUUUGGAGUAUUUGCAUCAUGACUUGAGUACGGGAGUGAGUGGGCUUAGUGCAUGGGGUGGAUUUAGUGCAGGGGGGACUCCUAAUUGGGCUAGUUGUAUUAGGAGUGGUGGAAUGGGUGGUCGUAGUGAUGAAGAGACGGGUCGAAUAAUGGCGGUGGGAUUGGCCCGGAUUGUGCACCAGAAGAAGAGUAAGGCCACUUCUAUUAUGUUGCAAGGUGUCUUUUACAAUGAGCUGAAUAAGCAGAAGGUGGCUUAUUCUGGUGCGGCUGCCGUGCGGGUAAUUAAGUUGUUUAAUGCGGUUAAGGAAUCGGUGAAGUUCGAGAAGAAGUACUUUAUUAGGUUUCUGGAAAUGAUUGAGGAAAUGUGCCAGCGUGAAUCGGUGGUAGAUCGAGUGUGCCAGGAUAGGUGUAAUCGGAUGGCAGGUGGGUUGAGUUAUAAUCGGCCGAAUGAUUGUGGAUUUGCUGAGGAGGAAGAGUUUGUGGUGCCAAGUGGGGGAUGGAAUGGUGGGAAUUUUGGUUUGGGCGAACGGGAGAUAGAAGUAUGUAUUGGUUGUGGCGGGUCUUUGGGUGAAUGUGAAUUGCCCCAAUGUGAUAGUCUGUGCUUUUUGGCUGCGAAAAUGUGUGUGAAUGAGUUGAUUGAUUUGAUUCGUAGUUUGAUUAUUGUGAUUGAUAAUACGAGUGUGAUUAAUAUGCGAGAAGGUACUUUAUUGAUUGCGAUUCUGAAGUGUUUGAAAGCGUUAUACGAAUUUGCGGUUAAGUCGGGGACGGUGCACCAUUCGGUCUUUAUUAACCGGCGGUUUUCAAGGAUGCUGAAUUAUAAAGUAGAGAUAAGAUACCAUAAAGAGGGUGGACCUAGUAUUUUGGACUAUCCUUUUAUUCUGGACAUUGCGGCUAAAUCGGACUUGAUUCAGAUAGAGAAUACGGAUCGGAUGAAGAACGAGUUGCAAGAUGCGUUUUUCCGGUCUUUAUUUGAAGGGAAGAUUCCGCCCUAUCUGAAUUUUGAAGUGCGUCGUGAGACUUUAGUGGAGGAUAGUGUGGCUCUCUUGGAGAACUUGAAGCCGGGUAUGGUUUGGAAGCAGCUGAAGAUUAAGUUCUUAGGUGAAGAUGGAGUGGACUCAGGUGGGAUUAAGAAGGAGUUCUUCCAGAUUCUCAGCCAGCGCACGCUUGAGCACUGGGAUAUCUUUGAGGAGCGGAAUGGGUUUCUGUGGAUUCGUAGUAUGCCCGGGGAGGAAAUGGCUAAGAAGGAAAGAGAGUACUUUUUACUGGGAUGUAUCUUAGGGUUGGCGGCUUAUAAUGGCGCGGUGCUUUCGUUCUACUUCCCGCACGUCUUUUACAAGAAGAUGCUUGGCCAGGAGACUAUUGUGGAAGAUAUCAAGCAAAUAGAUCCGGUGCUUUAUAAUAGCUUGGUGGCCAUGCGGGGUAUGUCUAGUGAGGAGUUGAGUGCUUUGUCUUUGGUCUUCUCGGGAGGAGCUAACAAGGAAGAUCGGGUUGUCACUAAAGAUAACAUUGAAGACUUUAUUCUGGCUUACAAACGCGAAGCAAUUGAUAGUUCGACUGAUUUUGCGAUUGAAUGUAUUAGGAAAGGUCUUUGGUCUAUCUGUGGUAAUACCUUUGUGAGUUCUUUGUUGCCGUGUGAGCUGAGUAUUUUGAUUGGUGGUAUGGAGUGCCAGAAUUUGGAAGAGAUAGAGAAGUACACUAUUUACAAUGGAUACAAGCGGGACUCGUGUAUUGUGCAGUACUUUUGGGAGAUCUUUAGGGAGUAUGAUAAGUCAAUGCAGAAGAAGUUCUUGCGCUUUGUGACGGGUAGUGAUCGGGCUCCUUCCGGGGGAUUGGGGCGAAUGGCGAUCAUUUUCAUGCGCAAUGGCGGGGACACGGAGCGACUGCCUUCUUCACAGACUUGUUUUAACACUCUGCUGAUUCCAGAGUAUGCAACUAAGGAUAAGCUUAAGGAAAAACUGAAUAUGGCCAUUGGUUACACAGAAGGCUUCUUCUUGCUUUAA